GUGGCUCCGUGACGUCACGCCCUCAGCCACACACUGAGCUGGUGAGAGCAGCGGGACUUCAGCUGCUGUUUAUGAAUUUUAUUUCAUAUCUCAAUAAAUCCAUAAUCGGAACAGACGAAUCAUGGCGCACGGGCUGAAAGAACGCUUCGAGAAGUUCCUUUACGAGAAAAAUCUCAUGACGGACGUGCUGGCGAAGAUCGAGGCGAGGACCGGAGUGAGCAGGUGCUACAUCGCAUAUGCUGUCAUCGCGAUCCUUGCAGUCUACCUGGUGAUCGGAUACGGCGCUUCUCUGCUCUGUAAUCUCAUAGGAUUCGUCUAUCCUGCGUACAUAUCAAUCAAAGCCAUCGAGAGCGCGACCAAAGAGGACGACACCAAAUGGCUGACCUACUGGGUGGUUUACGGCGUGUUCAGCGUCGCCGAGUUCUUCGCUGACAUUUUCCUCUCCUGGUUCCCCUUCUACUUCCUGGGAAAGUGUGCUUUCUUGGUUUGGUGCAUGGCUCCCACUCCAUCAAACGGCUCUGUUCUGAUCUACACAAGAAUCAUCCGGCCCUUCUUCUUAAAGAACGAAGCCAAGAUCGACAAUGUGAUGAAAGACAUCACGGAUAAAGCAUCAGAGGCGGCAGACAAGUUUAGAGAUGAAGCCAAGAAAGCCACUGCCAACAUUAUAUUUGAGGAGAAAAAGACCUACUAAAACCCACAGCCAUUUCAACUGCUUCCUGUCCUACAGGAUGACGCUCGCCUGAAUAAAUGUUGCCUUCAUAUGCUCUUAUUUUUCAAACGCCUGGAAGUGGGUCAUUAUUGUUACUCCCUUUGCCUUUGCCUGUCUUUAAACCUGUGGCAGCCGUAUUAGAUACAUCAGACAGCCAAGUUACCAUAGUUGUGGGUAAGACAUUGAUCAUGUUACAAGAUAUCCAGUGAUGCUCACCCUGCAGUGCUUCAGUCUCAGUAAACUUCCUUAUCUUUCCUAUAGACAGCAUAAGCCUUUGGCUUGUAGUAGAAAGUCAUCAAAUAGUUUAUCUCGCAUCUUAAGCUCAUUUAACAUUAUGCAUUCUAAGAUGUAUUUAUGUGUGAAAAGAUUUUUGUUUGUAGAAAUGCCUCUUCUGGUAACAUCAAUGGAACUGUAAGCAUAUGAAUCAUGCAUUUGACGUCAACUAUUAAACUAUCGGAAGACA